AUGGGCCAGGAAAAGAAAAACCAGACAUGGGUGAAUGAGUUCAUCCUGCUGGGGCUGUCCAGUGACUGGGGCACACAGGUCUCCCUCUUUGUGUUGAUUCUGGCCAUGUACUUAGUGACUUUUGUGGGAAAUUCCCUCAUUCUUCUUCUGAUCAGACAGGAUAGUAGGCUUCAUACUCCCAUGUACUUCUUCCUCAGUGUUCUGUCCUUGGUGGACCUCUGUUACGCAAACAGCAUUGCCCCACAAAUGCUGGCCCACUUGCUCUCAGCCAAAAAGUCCAUUCCAUUCUACAGCUGUGUGCUUCAGUUCUAUGUUUCCCUGGCACUGGGUGGGUCUGAGUUCUUCCUGCUGGGAGCCAUGGCCUAUGACCGCUACGUGGCUGUGUGCCACCCUCUGCACUACACAGUCAUCAUGCAUGAAGGGCUGUGCCUAAGGCUGGCUACUGGAUGCCUGGUGGCUGGUUUUACAAAUUCACUCAUGGAAACAAUCAUCACUUUCCGGCUUCCCCUGUGUUACAAUGUCAUCAACCACUUUGCCUGUGAAACACUAGCAGUGUUGCGGCUGGCCUGUGGGGACAUCUCCUUCAACAAGAUCAUGGUGGCUGUCUCAGGAUUUCUGGUGCUUAUGCUUCCCUGUUCCCUUGUUCUAUUCUCCUAUGCAUACAUAGUUGCUGCCAUUUUGCGCAUUCGCUCUAUGCAGGGACGCAGCAAAGCCUUUGGGACAUGUGCCUCUCAUCUCACAGUGGUUUGCAUGUGCUUUGGAGCUUCCAUCUUCACCUACCUGGGCCCAAGGUCUGCCUCCUCAGUAGAGGAGGAGAAGAUGGUUGCUCUCUUCUAUGCUCUGGUGGCUCCCAUGUUGAAUCCCUUGAUUUAUAGCUUGAGGAAUAAGGAAGUUAUGGCUGCUCUUUGGAAAGUAUUGGAGAAGUUUGGAUAA